ACACACACACACGCACAGAACAUGUUCCCUAUGAAGUCAGUUCCCCCUCCCACCCCCUAUGCUGUAACAACUCUUCCGAUCGAGUUGCCUGUGUGUGUGUGUGUGAGAGAGUGUGUGUGUAUACACCUAUCACGUCUUUCCUCCCUGACAUUCCAGAGCAGCGGAGCGACUGAAAGCUUCAUUGCCUGCGCAGGACAGAGCACUUGUGGGAGACGCCAAAAGGAGACGCCUUUGCAGCACCAACUUGCCACCAACUUUUUGGGAAUCUACUGAAAAAUACCAGGGGUCUUUUUUUUUUUCUUUAACUUUCAGUCCUUUGUGUGCCACACCCCCUCCUCUCACCCCCCCACCCCUCUCUGACUUUGUGACGAUUUCUUUUGUGAGCACCACUGCUCAGAGUUCCAGCUGGGAAGUUCAUCAUCUGUGAGCCUGACUGCUGAGGCAUCCUCUUGAGUUCGCCUCUCUCUCUCUCUCCCCACUGGACUUCCAAACUCCUGGAUUACCUUUGUUUCGAGAGACACCUGAGCAUUGUUUUAGGAGCAAACGGGGCUGCGAAGGCCCUGUCACCCGUCGCCAUGGCAGCCGUCCUACAGCCCAGCAACAACAACACCCUACAGGUGCCAGGGGAAGACAGAUCUGUUUCUUCAACUCCGUCAGGCUCCCCCUUUCCUUCCAGAAAUGACUGCAGCAUUGCCCCUCUCACUCCAUCCCCCUCUCCAAGGGCAGAGUUGCGGCCCCGUGUGACUCAGCCCUUCUCAGUGGUGGUGGCCAUAGACUUUGGCACCACGUCCAGUGGCUACGCCUUCAGCUUCACGGAGGACCCCGAGGCCAUCCACAUGAUGAGGCGCUGGGAGGGCGGAGACCCGGGCGUGGCCAAUCAGAAGAGCCCCACCAGCCUGCUGCUGACGCCCGAGCUGCGCUUCCACAGCCUGGGCUUCGCGGCGCGCGACAGCUACCACGACCUGGACCCCGAGGAGGCGCGCCACUGGCUCUACUUCGACAAGUUCAAGAUGAAGAUCCACAGCACCAGCGACCUCACCAUGGAGACGGAGCUGGAGGCAGUGAGUGGUCGGAGGAUGAGGGCCAUCGAGGUGUUUGCCCACGCUCUGAGGUUCUUCAGGGAGCACGCUCUGAAGGAGGUAAAGGAGGUGUCAUCAUCAGUGCUGAAGGAGGACGAGGUGCGGUGGGUGAUCACCGUCCCGGCCGUGUGGAGGCAGCCAGCCAAGCAGUUCAUGCGUGAGGCGGCCUACCUGCUGGACUGGUGCAUUCCAGACACCCCUGAGCAGCUCCUCAUCGCUCUGUGAGCGCCGAGGCCGCCUCCAUCUACUGCCGCCAAGCUCCGGUCUCCACCCAGAUUGAUUGACCUCAGCCAGCGACCAAUGACCAACGGCAUGGACCUGGAUGGGUCCCGCCUCUUUGACUCAGCCUUUUUAAGGGCGCGCGAACAACUGAGGAGAUCCAGGCACAGCCGCACCUUCCUGGUGGAGAGCGGGACGGGGGAGCUGUGGUCGGAGAUGCAGACAGGUGAGGGGGUGAACCGGUACAUAGUGGCAGACUGUGGAGGAGGAACAGUAGACCUGACCGUCCACCAGAUUGAGCAGCCACAGGGGACACUGAAAGAGCUGUACAAAGCCUCAGGCGGUCCGUAUGGUGCCGUGGGGGUGGAUCUGGCCUUUGAGGCCCUCCUCUGCCAGAUCUUUGGGGCCGACUUCAUCGACAGCUUCAAAGCCAAGAGACCUGCCGCCUGGGUGGACCUCAUGAUCGCCUUCGAGGCCCGGAAGAGGACCUGCGCCCCGGGCCGGGCCAACGCCCUCAACAUCUCCCUGCCCUUCUCCUUCAUCGACUUCUACAAGAGGCACAAGGGGCAGAGUGUAGAGACCGCCCUGCGCAAGAGCAAUUCGAACAUCGUUAAAUGGUCAUGUCAGGGAAUGCUGCGGCUCACUCCUGAGGCCAUGAACGAGCUCUUCCAGCCCACCAUCAGUAACAUCAUCAAACAGAUCGAGGAGCUCAUGCAGAAACAGGAAGUACAGGGCGUGCGCUUCCUCUUCCUGGUGGGCGGUUUCGCCGAGUCGCCCAUGCUGCAGCGGGCCGCGCAGAACGCCUUGGGCCGGUCCUGCCGCAUCAUCAUUCCCCAAGACGUGGGCCUGACCAUCCUGAAGGGGGCGGUGCUUUUCGGUCUGGACCCCACGGUGGUACGCGUCCGGCGCUGCCCGCUGACCUACGGCGUCGGGGUCCUCAACCGAUUCGUGGAGGGCAGACACCCGCGCGAGAAGCUCCUGGUGAAGGAUGGGCGCGACUGGUGCACGGACAUCCUGGACCGCUUCGUGGCCAUGGACCAGUCGGUGGCGCUCGGGGAGGUCGUGCGGCGAAGCUACACGCCGGCGAGGGUCGGCCAGCGCAAGAUCAUCAUCAACAUCUACUGCAGCGUCAGCGACGACGUGACCUACAUCAGCGACCCCGGCGUCAGGAAGUGCGGGGCCAUCACCCUGGAUCUGCCCGAGCCCGAGCCUCAGGCCGGCGCCGCCGGGGCUGCGGGAUCCAACGGGAACGCCGGGCCGGAGCGGCGGGAGAUCCGCACGACCAUGCAGUUCGGCGACACGGAGAUAAAAGUGAUGGCCAUCGACAUGGCAACAAGCCGAACGGUUCGGGCCAACAUUGACUUCCUGUCCAAUUGAACACCUCACUGGUUGAUAGCCCAUAUCAGGCUGUGAAGGCAGGUCUGGAUAAGGAGGAAGAAGAUGGAAGCGACUGUGAAUGAGCACUGAGUGUUUGCAGACAUCUCAAGAAUAUGACUGGCCACUACUCCAUCUUGGAAUGGAGUGACCAAAGGCACCUCUUAUUGAAAUUAGCGAGGCAAUGUUGAAUUGGACUGAUGAAAAGGCACCCAAAAAGACUAUAUUUUUAAAACCCCAGAGCUAAUCAAUUUGCUGUUAUUGACAAAAGUCCACACUGUUCCCCCAAAGGUGUUGCUGGAGUUUUGUUUCCAAAGUUUGUGUUAUUCAAAGUGUUGAUAGUGCCUCCUUGUGGCAUAAAGGAAAAACUACAAACAAAGGUAAAAUAUGCUGGAAUUUCAUUUGGAAAAUAAGCUUGGACAUUACUUAUUUAGUUCACACACUGUACAUAUCUAUUUAUAUGACUGAUAUUAUCCUCAAACUGCAAGCUGGGACCUAUCCACUAUGGAGUAUUUUUAUAAUGACAUGUAUCUCAUGUACUCUUGUUUCCUGCACUUAUUUCAGAUUUCAUCUUGUGUACCUUUUUGUAUCAAAUUGCAUAUAAAGUUUGACUAUUACCUAUUCAA